AUGCCCUCUGCCAAGGACAACAACCCAUCCGUUAUCGAACAACGCGCCGAACCAGCAGGCACCGUCGAACCGACACCAGGUAGUAAUGAGGGGUACAUGGACAGCGUCAAGAACCAGAUCAACUCGACAGAGACGGGGAAUUCAUUGGCGGAUCUUGGGAAUAAUGCUAGUGCGAUGAUUGGGGAGUCGUUUAAUGAGGUCAAGAAUAGAGUCAGUUCGAUAUCGCCGGGGGAGGUGGUUGAUGGCGUUCGGGAACGGAUUCAGUCGAUGACGAAUGGGAAUGGGAAUGGAGGUGAUGCGGAGAGUGAGCAUGCUGCGAAGCAGGAGGCAGAGAACGCGCCGAGCCACGAAGAAAUCCAAAUAAUCGAGGAUAUGGAAAGCGAGAAGAUCGCAGAAUUCCUCCAGGAGAAACACAUGAGCAACGCGAACUUACGACGCGGGAAAUAA